GCAGUUGAUCGACAGUGAUUGACAAAGUUGGAGGGUGUGACGGUGGGGAACCCGUCGACGAUCAGCUGCAGAUGCGGCCGAACACCGAACAACUCCUGAAAAGCAAAAAGCCAAAAAAAAAUGACCGAAUGUGGGAAAGUGCCAGAUGCUCAGAAGGAGCCAGUGCAGAACAGGACUAGCGCACGCCAGAAGCGCGCUAGAACAAAAAGUGCCAAUCUUGCAUUGCCAGAGACAUUUCCCAUGCAAUUGAAAAGCCCCGCAAGGAACUUCUUGGGGUAUGGGAGGGGUUUAUCACCUCAGGGUCCUCGCAUCGACUCAGCCCACCUCCACUUCACGGACAUUGAGAUGGUUUUUGGCAACAGCGGAUGCAGAUCAUCUGCUGUCGUCACCUCCCGUGGCGCCGUUGACAGCGGUUGACUGCGUGUAACUUGCUGUACUGUACAACCACGGCGCACGGUGCAGCGGUUCCGCCGCCCUCGUCUAGAUGAUAAUUGCCGAAGUUAGUUACCAACGCCCUCACUCUCGACUGAGGCGUACCUACUAACAUG